AUGAUCAAGAACCAAGCAAUUACAGGCCGGACUGUGCCCAUUGAGCAUGGCCAUGAAAAGCCCGCACCAAAAAUGCAAUACGUUCGUCUUGGUAAUAGUGGAUUGAAAGUGUCGCGCUUGAUUUUUGGUACUGCGACUUAUGGGAUUAAAUCCGAUGUCACAUGGCGCGUCGAAAAGGAGGAAGCCUUGACCCACCUUCAGCGCGCGUGGGAGUUGGGCUUUAACACUUUUGAUACCUCCAACUUCUAUUGCAAUGGUGUCAGUGAAGAGAUUCUUGGAGAAUUUAUCAAAAUUGUGCCUCGGGAAGCAGUCGUUAUCAUGACCAAGGCAACUCUUAGUUCCCAACUUGGUGUCAUUCAUAUUUUUGACAAUGUCAAGGAAGCUCUGAAGCGUCUUCAAACUGACUAUAUUGAUGUCAUGCAGCUUCACCGAUUCGACUACGACACUCCGAUCGAGGAAACUAUGCAGGCCCUACACGAUGUUGUCCAAGCUGGCUACGUGAGAUACAUUGGGAUGAGCAGCUGCUGGGCUUGGCAGUUCCAUGCAAUGCAGAACUAUGCAAUUUCAAACAAGCUCACGCCAUUCAUCAUUGUCAAAACUUCUACAACUUGCUUUACCGCGAGGAAGAACAUCUCUCGCCCUCUUGACCGUGCCUAUGAAACCGUUCGCUCGACUUCCGAUGCCUACCACGAUGAGGCAAUUUUGGGAGUUGAGUGGGAGAAAGAAAUCAACCGCCGCGUGGAGACACUUGCUAGAAAGCGGAACCUGCCCAUGGCAAAUAUUGCACUUGCCUUGGAUGUCGAACUCUCGGAGGAGGAUAUCAAAUAUCUGGAGGAGCAUUACCAGCCUCGCAGCACUGUGGGAUUCACCUAA